AUGGACCUGUACAAUCUCCCCAAUGCUACCGAUCCUCCCCGACCUACGGCCUCCUCUCUUUCAAUACCGUCGCUAUUCUGUGCUACUACCUUCGCGGUAUGGCUCAUCAGUUUCGUCUAUUGGUGUGUGCAGGACUAUCGACUGUACAAGUCUUUAGGUCCCGGUGGCCCUCCUUACAACGUCCGGGGUUGGUUGGAAGUCUCUUUUUUUGUCAGGCCCUUCACCCUCGCAGCCGACGAGACCCUCUGGACCGGGGACUAUCCAAGGACAGGUUGUCAUAAGGAGAUUGAAGCGCUGCCGGAGCGUGCUGGAGAACGACCAGUGGUGAAGGGGAUCGCUCCGCAACGGCAGUUUAAUCAAUUCGCUCCAAAAGACAUGAACUCGCGGAUCCUCUCUGUGUUUGCAUCUCUUGUGAAAAAGAACAGCGGACUAUUGGAACAAAAACUUUCCGUCUUCGAAAAGCACCACAUUGCACUCUUCGUCCAUCACGAUCUUCUCUCCAAGUCAAAGGAGCUUCCCGACACCGCUAUCAGAUCGAAAGGAGAGUUGGGCCACAUUCAUGGCGAAGCAUCUGUCCAUCUGUACUUUUCCCCUGCAGACGCCAAGGUCAUCGUUGAGAAAGGCUGGGCCGAGCGACAUCGAUGUGCUAGGACUCAACCCUGGUACUUCGGCUGGAAGAAGUACAUGUUUGGCAUUGGAGAUACUUUCCUGUUUGUGUACGUUCCUCGAAAUGAUGAGGAACUGGACGUGCUCAAAACUCUGCUCUGGGCCAGUGCACGUUUUAUGACCGGAGAAAAGGACAUUGUUGCACCAUGA